UUUUCGCUGCUGAAAGCAGCAGUCUACCCUUAGGUUAGGCUUUACACUCCAUCAAUACCCUCUUUAGCCGCAACCUUUAGGAAGGGAGACUAUCUGGAAGUUCUUACGAAACAGCAACCAUGCCGCAGAACGAGCAUAUUGAGCUUCACCAAAAGCGCUAUGGACGCCGCUUGGAUUAUGAGGAGAGGAAGCGGAAGAAGCAGGCACGCGAGGUGCACAAGCGGUCCGCUUAUGCGCAGAAGGCACUGGGUAUUAAGGGCAAGAUGUUUGCCAAGAAGCGCCAUGCGGAGAAGGCCAUGAUGAAGAAGACCAUUGCUAUGCACGAGGAGCGCGACAAUAAGCACAAGGCGGUAGACGGCGCGCCGCAGAAUGCUGUGCCUGCCUACCUGCUGGAGCGUGAGCAGGUGGACCGCGCAAAAGUCCUCAGCAACACCAUUAAGCAGAAGCGGAAGGAGAAGGCGGGCAAGUGGGAGGUGCCUCUUCCCCAGGUUCGCCCCAUCGCCGAGGAUGAGAUGUUCAAGGUGCUCAAGUCGGGCAAGCGCAUGAAGAAGUCAUGGAAGCGCAUGAUCACGAAGGUGACCUUCGUGGGUCAGGGCUUCACGCGUAAGCCCCCGAAGUACGAGCGCUUUAUCCGGCCAACCGGCCUGCGCAUGACGAAGGCGCAUGUCACGCACCCGGAGCUCAAAGCAACGUUUUGCCUGGACAUCAUCGGUGUAAAGAAGAACCCGAACGGCCAAAUGUACUCGCAGCUGGGCGUGGUCACAAAGGGCACGAUCGUGGAGGUCAACGUAAGCGAGCUGGGCCUGGUCACGCCAGGUGGCAAGGUGGUGUGGGGCAAGUACGCGCAGGUGACCAACAACCCGGAGAACGACGGCUGCAUCAACGCUGUGCUGCUGGUAUAAGACUUCUAGGCCGGGGGGUGUCCAGUAUGGCGGGGAGCUUUGGCGGUGCAGGGUUGGGCGGAGCUUUGUAGAGUGUUGGGAGCGUGGAAUUAGUUAAAAAAACAAGUAUUAGUAGUUAGCUGGUGUUGGAGGGACUGGCCACCAAACCCCGCCUUAGGGACUCCCCCUGCGAAGGGCUAGCAGCAUGUCGUUGGGAUUGUGGUCAUGUGGUUUUCGUUGCCUGGUAAUGAUGUCGGAGUUGGUUGUUUGCCUGCUUGCCUCGAUGUUUGUGCCCCUCGCCGUUCCGGGGUCCUCGAUGGUCGUGUACAUAUGUGUCUCUGCUGGCUUGCUGCUGAACGGCUUCCGCCGUGAACACUACGCUUGAUACUGUACCUUUCUGCUACGAUGCACUGUGUUUUCUUAAAAUCAUGGGCGCUGCAGCGCCGGUUACGGACGGACGUUUGCAUGGACGGCUGUGCAUGGAAACGCGUGUUAGCCUUUGGACAUUCAUCCUUUUCUGCUUCUGCUCUCGGUCCUGGUAUCCUCCCGAUGCGGCGCUGGUGCUGCUUUUCAGUUCGGAGGGUGUGCGGUAGCUGUCACAGGGGGGGUAGGCACAGCACUCGUGAGUUGAUAGGUCUGUUGCGCCUUAUCAACGUGCGGGUUGCGGUGGGCUAUCCUUCAGACGCGGUGGGUUCGGACGUGUACGCUCUGUGGUAUGUAUGGCUCUUACUAUUGGGCCUACACUGUA